AUGUCGUGUGUGUGGAUUCUUUACACAUUUUAUUCAGAAAUUUCUAAAAUCUCUCACCAGAAUAUUGUAAAUGGCUGUAAAUUAUCAUCUCUGAUUUCAUUAUUAUUCGUGUUGUUUUCUUAUAAUUUUGCAUACUCUGAAGAAUGGUGUAAAGUAGCUUCAAAUGAUUCUGAGCCGAGAUAUGAACAGUGUUUACCAGGUACAGAACAAAGCCUAGUUUACUGGAAUAAAUCAUUUUAUUUCGUUAUUUCACUUACACAUUUUCAGCCGGGAGGAAAUAACUUUCAGAAUAGUAGGAGAAGACAGUUAGUUGAUAGAGUAGACGUGGGUGACCCUAGGUCACUUGAACUAAAAUUAAAUGAUACAAAUUGGUCAUGCGAAAAGAUAGUAGUUUAUAAAGGAUCAAGAUUCUGGACUUUCGACUGCAUACCAUCCAAAUCUAGAAACAAAGAAGAACACGUCACAACAUACCUACUCUCAGGAAACAAGACAUAUACUGUUAGUGUUCAAACUGGAGGUCAAAAAGAUGCCGGCUCCAAUGGAACAAUUUCUCUAACACUGCUUGGUUCAUCAGGCAGGACUAACGAAAAAACUCUUUCUAACUCCUUUUAUCCCGCAUCCUACCAAACAUUUCAAGUCAAAGGCGCAGACGUAGGGGAUAUAAAUGGUCUAAUAAUUUCAAACGACGCAGUAAACGACCCUUGGUACUGCGAUAACAUCAGAAUCGCAUCUAAUGAAGUAGUUAAUUCAUUCCCAGUAAAGAGGUGGAUAGGAUACCCAUUUGAACCAUCUGUUGAAAUCUCAACUGAGUAUCUAACAAGCGUGGCAAAUUUAAAUGAAACCUCUCCACUAGACGUAAUGUGCAACACCAGAGCUGUUGAUAUAUAUUCCGGAACAUUUGUAAAACCUUUUAAUGUUACAGUUCGUUGUCCAAUGAAUUGCAAUAAUGACCCAUUAAUGUCAAUUGAGGGUUCUUCAAUCCACCCAUCAAGUACUUCUAUCUGCGGAGCAGCUAUUUACGAUGGAGUCACAACUCCCUCAGGAGGCCAGGUUGUCAUCUCAAUAGUUCAAUCAAUGGCAAAAUACUUUGGUGGUACUGGAUCCAACGGACUCAAAUCUGAGGAUUAUGAACCGCCCGCAGACAAAAACAACUUUAGUUUUUUCAUGUUUUUAGACGAGAGUAUCGAUGAAAUAGACAAGAGUGUCAGACUUGUCGAUGGAUUUGGAAAACUAACCUCCUUUGGGAGACUAGAAAUAUUUCGAAACGGUAAAUGGGGAACUGUUUGCAAAAGAGGAAAACAUUCUGUAUUUAAUAAUCAAUCUGCAACAUUUGUAUGUAACACCCUAGGGUUUAAAUAUGGAAUUAAUAUUGAAGAAAACUGCACCAAUGUUAAUAAUCAGAAUUUUUGUGCGCCUCCAGGAUAUCAUGUUUCAUGCUCUGGGUUAAAGUGUAAAGGAGAUGAAACCGAUAUUAACAAUUGCACACUAGAGGAACCAACAAUCGACUGUAAAAAUCACAAGGAAGAUGUUGUAGUGAAAUGCACAAACUUCUCACCAACAACUAACCUCGAAUAUGGAACGCUUAGGAUCGUGGAUUCAACAGGAGCCACAUCCUCAACGGGAACUGGACGCCUUGAAAUAUACAAUAAUGGUAAAUUUGUUAAACCUAACGCCAACCGUAGGUUUCGGGACGAUAAGGAAUGCUCAGACUUUAAUGGCUUGAAUCUUUGUGCUCAAGUCCACACAAAGAUAGCAGCAAACAACUUCAAGUGCAAUGGAGGCGAAUCUAAACUUAAGGACUGUGAGCACGAGUCUGGAGAUGAUAUCUACUGCACUCAUGACCAAGAUGUUAUCGUAUCAUGUAUAGGAAACGGGGACCCUAGUGAAUUUAGGAACUUGAAAAAAGUGGAACCAUUCGUACCCCCCUUAAAAAAAUUAUCGAAAAUUAUAAAUUUAUCAUGUUAUGACACCCUCACAUCGCAUUCUCAAUUUCAGGGUGAAUAUGGCUCGUUUAAAGUAGCAUCAUGUCCAAUGGGAUGCAUGGACGAACCUGCAUCAAUUAAGGGAACAUAUAUAUACACCAGAGAUUCAUCAAUUUGCAAGGCGGCAAUACAUUCUGGAGUUCUCGACAACAGCGGAGGUGAAAUAGUUGUAAUCAUUUCCUACGCUCAAGAGCACUUUUACGGAACAUCAAUGAAUGGUGUUGAAAGUUUAAGCCUAUCUAGGUCGGGAGAUGAUUCUAGAGAGAAAGCCUUCAUGGUGUCGAAACCCACAAAAUAUAUAAUGUCAAAGGUUGAAAAGGAGGUUUUGGAAACUUCUAAAGCCAACGGCUUUAAUGGGAAUCAUGCUGACUACAUUAAUACUAAGGAUUUACCCGGUUCGAAGCUGAUAAAGACAUUUAGAGAUGCAACAUUUAUAUUUGAAAUUGUUCCAACAGGAGGAGUUGGAAACUGGUCCACCAUAUUUUCAUUUCAAAGUUGUGGAGGAUUUUUGUGUUCUAUUGAUAACUUCGGUGAGCUUGUUUUACAAGAAAAUUGCAAGCCAGAGCUUGUUAAAACUUCUUAUUUUCCAACUAUGGGAAAGAGGGCACACAUAUCAAUCUUGUAUUAUGUGUUAACUAAGGACAUUUCUGUAUUCGUCGACGGUGUUCCAGUGACCAAUCAACUCACCACUUUUGAUCUUAACUUCCAGGGGGAUUUGAUAUUGGGGAAGAUGGCUGAUACUGACUCGGACUAUUUCAAGGGCCACAUAUUGGGCUUUCAAGCCUUUGACUAUGUAAUGUCACCUGAACAGAUAAGACAGCAGUAUGCAAGCAGCCAAAACAGUGAAAGCUUAACUUCAAACCUUACUAAGGUUAGACUUACAACUGAAGGCAAUGUAUGUCUGACUAAAUGCAUGAAGAAAUUCUUUGGAAAAUACGAUGUUCACUCAAACGCCACUAAUCCUGCCAUAAAAUUAGACUGCUCUGAUACAAUAGAAUCUGAAAAUUUCAACGGUCCGAAUGGCAAAAGCUUCCUUAUUUCAUGCACUAAAUCAUGCAUUGACCCUGAUCUAACUCUAAAGGGCACUAAGGUUUAUACAUCAGACUCCUCAAUUUGCAAGGCUGCUUUACAUUCAGGUGCAAUACCAAAAGAUGGUGGUGAGGCUAUACUAACUGUUCUAAAUGGUUUAAGUGAAUAUGGGAACUGCCAUGGACAUUUCGGAAUUACAAGUCAGAAAUCAAAUGUUCCAUUUAUGAGAUCAUUUUCACUUCACAGGGCGCCUAAACUUAUACACCUAUCUUGUCAAGAUACUGCAGUAUUUGUUCUAAAAAUGCAUAUUGGGACUAGAGUACUGUUGGAUUGUCCACCAGGAUGCAAAGAUGCCAAGCCUUAUAACGUUUUUGGAACUGGGGUUUACAGUCCAACAUCUUCAUUAUGUCAGUCUGCAAUUCACUCUGGAAAACUUGAUAACGAUGGAGGUGAAGUUGAGAUAGAAGUUGAGGGAGAGAGAAAUACAUUUGACUCCAAUGAAUCUAAUGGAAUUUUAUCGCAAUCAAGUGGGCAUUAUUUAAAAAGUUUUAAGAUAAUUAAAGUGAGGAAAAGAAAUGAAUAA